AUGGAGCGCAGCUUUGGUGGCUGUUUUUCGCCCUGUCACGUGUGCCUGCAACGAGCCCGACCAUACUGCCCCGCGGACGGACACCACUUUGACGCGCCAGUCGUGUCCUGCAAGGCCUCCGCAGAGAGGCCUGCCGUUUGCCCUGCCGCCGACGCCGGAUCCCCGGGUGUCGGCGCCGGCCCCACCACAGACGGUGGGAAGCGCGUGGCGACUACGGCUCCCUCAUCGGGCCACCACCAUGAGACGCAUCACGCUCCAAAACCAUCGGCUCCACCACAACCCAUAAACACGCAGCAGACCACCACUGCUGCUUUGACUUCGCAGUCUACGCCAGCCGAGGUGCUGCGGCGGCAACCCAGUGAAGCUUCGGAGCUGUACCAUCUCGCCGCUGCAGCUGCACCCGGCAAGAUUAUAGUAGAUGGGCUCGCAGCCUGCUCCGUGGUAGACCGCGGAUGCGAGCCAUUUUUUUUUUCCACCGCAGGUCUCGGUCUCUGCGUGAGCUUCUGA